GGGUUCUUGCAACAUUGGGAGUUCACAACCCUAACAGCUAAGAAAUUCCCUAGGGGUAAAUAUCAGAUUUUCAAUCAUGUGGAAAAUGGGGCAAAAUGUUUCUAGACAGCCCCAUAGCUAACUGUUUAUGAGUAAAGAUCCCUGGGCCGUGGAUUCCUUUAGCACAUUUUCCCUCCUGGAAAUUAUAAUGUUCCUUCAAAUCUUUUUGAGUAUGGUUCCACCCUAAAAGCAAGGAGUUUAGGGUUCUAUGGCGAUGAGGAGCGGCUGCUCGGCCAGGAUAAGGUGGGUGAUGCCGCAUUUCACUCCCUCGAGCUUCUGUAGCAGCAGCGCAUCGUCAUCGUCCGGAGAAAUCGCCGCAAGCAGCAGCACGGAGAUCGCAAGCGAAGGAGAAACCGGGAUUACUCCAAAGGCAAGAAGGAGGAGAAGGAGGUCCAAAUCCAAGGCCGACGACAGCUGCGCUGCCAAGCUCACCAUCAACAUCAAGACCGCGAUGCGUGAGUUUCGGCUGGGAGACAUCCCCAACGCCAAGGUGUGUGGGCUGCCCACGGAGAGGUCGCUCUUCACCGUCAUCCAGGGGCCUCAUAUCGACAAGAAAUCGCGCGAGCAGUUUGAUAUCCAGACGCGGAAGUGGCGCGUCACCAUCGAUACGGAGACGAGUAAGUUACGAGAGAAGCUCGAGUUUCUCAAAGAGCACAGGAUUCCUGGAGUGGAGAUCAAGGCCCGGUUCCAGUACAAGCCGAGGAUGGCUUG